GACAUUCCUUAUAAGUCUUAUCACUCUCUUCGGAUAUUAUGUCGUUUGAGAACAUUCAGAACUUGAUGCUUCGCGAUGUUUUUGAUAACACAUGUUACAUGGGAUAGUGGCAGGACUCCGAGAAUCGCUCAAAUCAGUAUAGGACAACAUCAGUGCUAGAAAUCUCAAACCAAAUCAAUGGGAAAGCGAAAAAAUGGCCCAUAAAAUAGAUAUACAAACGAACUAUUGUUAAUGUUCUGUUAAUAAAAUAUCUGAAUUCCUCAAUCAAUGCAUUGUGGUGGGAAAACUGAAUUUUCCUAAAGGGGUUGUGCUGAGCCAAAAAAAUAGAAUUUUUUUUAAUCGAUUUCAAGUUUAUACUUUACUCAAAUUUCCAACGCGAUUGAUAAUUAAGAAAUGAAAUCGCAGCUCCUGGUAUCUCGCUACCUCUGAAGUGCACGCGUGCACAGUUCAAAGUUUACUUCGACAUCGACUUUUUCUAAAAGUGACUUCCCAGUAGUAUCCUUCAUUUGAAUUAUUAUCGCUAAUCCUAAUGCCAACGAACAAAUAAAUACCUCUCGAAACCGAACCGUUUGGGAAAAUCGUCAUCAUUACUGGAAUUUUCAUUUUCGCGAAUCUUUUCGAUAAGCUUCCGUCACUUGCGUAAAUGCACUGGGUGCACAAUGCUGUGCAAAUCUAGCGAAAUAGUCUUAAGGCACCAGCGGGUAUCAUUCAGAGCCAUUUGCCCGGCGAGUUAAAUCUGUAAAGAAUACUAAAAAUUACCUUCUAUUCCAUAAUUUUCAGUUCAGCAAUUCGAGAGACCCUGCUCACCGCAAGCCAUGAAAAAUAAACUGCAUUGUGAACAGGGAUGCCAAAUUUACAGACAUAUCUGUAUUUUACAGACUUUUGAUGGUCUCCUACAGACGUAAUCAUACAUCUACAGACUUUUAAAAAAGUAACAGUGUUUAACAAAAUUAUACUAGAAUAAUUUGAUUCGAAUACGAGUGAUUCCUUCACAAUAGUUUACUAAUUUCAAGCCACUUUUAAAGUAAUAACCUAGUGUAAACAGGAUUUACACAACCCUUUACAGACUUUUACAGACAUUUUAAUUAUUCUUCUACAGACAUUUCACAAAAACAUGUGGCAUCGCUGAUUGUGAAGCGACGGUCACUAUUCAUUGAAAAAUCACGGUUUAAUAAAAAAUAAAACUUACAAACUUCAAAUAGUUUAUAAUUUUCACAAAUUUAUGAGGGUAAAAUUGUUACACAUCGAGAUUGUGCCGAUAAAAUGCCGAAUCAUUUCUUGGAGUGCAUCCUCCACGAUCAAAUUAAUAACGCAGCCACUUCCAGUAUAGUAUACAGUUAUUUUCCUCUCGCAUGGAAUCAGAAACAGUAUAUUGAUCUCGCUCUCGCACCGCAAUGGCGAUCUUCCUCUACAAAGCCGUGCAGAUACAAUAGAAGCGGUCAGAUCAAAACGUGGUGUGCGGUGGAUGGUGCGUGCCAGUAAAAAGUCUCGACUAAAAAUAGUUUCGCGGGAAUAUAGAUUCAUCCUCAGCAGAUUAAAACAACCACUAAAGGUAAAAAUACGGCUUAUAGUCGAAAAUGUGAUGCUAAUUGGUACUUUCAUCCCUUACGAAGGCUCAUACGGCCUAGAUGCAUUUUUUCCGCGUGCUAAUCGAGCACCGAAGGAUAGAUGGUAAUAAUACGCGGCAUAUCUAACGAUCGUCCCGUUGAGUUCUUCCUGCAUGUCCGGCCUUAGAACCGAAACAUCAUACGAUACGGACAGCAAUAUUCACAUAGGUCUCGAUCAGCUCGACCUCUCAAGGUCAAAGGUAAGCGAUCACAACCAUUGCCGCAGAGUAAAUCCUAACCACAUUUCCAUCAUCUGAAAGCACGCCGAAUCGUGAUAAAUUCCACGCAAUACCAUCUAAUAAAGCAUCUGAUAGGUUAGAGCGAAGUAAUAGUUACGACAAAUCAUCAAAAGCCCAUCAUCAGGUACAGUUGAUUGCCUAUGUGAGUGUCCGGCAAACCUCAUUAAACGAGAUAUAACCUCGUUAGAGGGCUUUUUAUUUACAGUUCAAACCCCUCAUCUUUACCCGAGCGAAGACGAUUUCGCACCAGUAAUAUCGGGCUAGCGGAGCGAGUACGAAACCGGACGGGCCACCACCACUCACUUUCGUCCACCAAAUUAUUCGUGCUGGUUCAAGCGACAAGGACGAGACGACCACGUUCGUGUGCAAGGAGUCGCACAGCAAGCAAGCACCACGAGUGCGACACAGUCUGCAGCAAGGUGCAACGUGACAGACCGCAGUGUAUUCGUGACGAUGCACGGUGCGAGAGUGUAGCGGCGUGACAAGCAGUGUAGCCGACCGGUCGCGCGACUCAGCAGGUGCAUUGAUCGACGGCAGGAGAUGCGGAGCAGCAGUUGCAACGACACGGGGCCCCCACCGACACCCUAGCGCUGAAGAUAAGGGUCUGUGAAAUCAUGUGAAGCAAAUAGAAAUAAGUUUGAAAUGAUAGAUUGAUGUAUUCUUAAGUAGCUAACGAUACCGUACUGAUUUACCUUACGUGAGCCAUUUGGCUUGUAUGAGAUACAGCUUCAUUUCCCUAAGCUAAUCGGUUAGCAAUAUUCCUCUAUAGACUGAAAGUGAUCAGCCGAGUCCGCUUAGAGUCGUACUUGAGGUGACAGAUGCGUUAACGACCCUCCCGCCAAUUCUAUAUGGUACUCUUUACAUUUGUGUGGUUUGCCUCGUUUAGGGAAUUCGUAACAUUGGCGCCCAACCAAAAAACCCUCAUUCGCGCGUAGGAUUCUAGUGCCGUUAAGUUGGUGAUCAGUGAUUUUUUAGCAAAAGGACGGUGAAACACUGGAAAACAAACAUGGAUUUAGAGCAUCUUUCUCCAGAGGAACUGGACUUCGAGUUGAUGGUAAGGACUGUAAAAGGAACGAAAGGCCAGGACCACAAAUGGAAAAUUUCAAAACUACUUCAAAUUUUGAGUACAGAGGACGCCGGAGGAGCAUCCGCACCAACAUCAUCGACGCACGUUCUCUCGGACGUCGAUAGCAUAUAUAAAUGCCAAGCCAAACUUCCUCCAAUUUUCCAAGUUUUGGAAGCCGCAUUUCGCCAAAACGAUGAAAAUCAAGCGAGGUUAUGCAGAUCAAGACUGAUGCAUUACAGAUUUAGGCUUUCCAUUAUAUCGGAUCCGAUGAUCACAUCCAAUGCCAGCAAAACGAUAGCCAAGAUAAACAAAACACUAGAGAGAAUUGAACAUCUUCUAGGCAAUCUAGCUUCUAAAAAGGUGGAAGAAGAACUGCCUGGAGAUCCAGAUACACAGCAAAGGCUAAAGAUCGCGCAGCUUCAAUCAAGCAUAAAAGACGCAUCACAGCAGCAACAACUAUUAGAACAGGAACUCCAACAACAGUUGUCUCAACAACUGCAGCAAAAUAAAGACGGUCAAAUUCCGGAAGGACAAUCAACACAGUACGAGCAACAAUAUCAACAGCAAAAUUUACAGCAACAGCAGGAGUUGAUAGGUCAACACCAACAGCAGCAGCAACGAUACCAGCAACUUAGACUCGAACAACAAAGACAAGAACAACAACACCAGCAGUUGGUUAACCAGAUGCAACAACAGCAACAGCAGUUAGAACAGCAGCUACACCAAGAGCAAGUCAGACGGCAGCAGAUUGAGGUGCAGUUACAGGAUCAAAUAAAUCGACGAAUUCCAGUUUCGGGGUUUCAGAACAACUCAAUCUCAGGAUAUUGGGAUCCACAGCUCCACCAAGAAUCAGGAAUACUUCAUCAGGUACCAGGGCUGGACCAUAUUCCCCCUCACUUACUUGAUGAUUUCCUGCGGUUCUUAAGAUCUCAAAACAGACCUAGUAUACCUAGAACACCAAAUCCACAACCAUCUGCAAACAGGUUCACGCAGCCAGUACACAAAUGGCCAUUUGAAUACGCUGGACAGCCCAACAUCAUACAGCUAGGUUAAUUUCUAAAUCAAGUGAAUACCUAUGCAGACACAGAAGGAAUGGACGAGCAAACUCUGUUACGGUCCAUCAAACAUUUGCUAAAAGGGCGAGUACUUCAAUGGUAUACUCGUGCUUACCUUAGCCUUUCAACUUGGGAAAUCUUCAAGGCCGAGAUCAAACAGGAGUUUUUGCCGCCCAACUACUCAGAAAUUGUAAAGCAGGACCUGUAUUUGCGCUUCCAAGGUCCAAAUGAACCGUUCACCAACUUCUACAGAGAUUUAGUGGCAGCUUUUGAGAUUGUGGAACCGGCAAUAUCGGAAUCCGAGAAACUCUUCAUCAUUAAAUCUCACCUAAAUUCCGAUUUCUCGCCAAUAGCUGCAGCUUCACGAGCAAAUAAAAUUCGUGAUCUAGUUGCCGUUUGCAGGGACUUUGAGGUCUCCAGAUCUUACUCUUUACGAGCUCGCACCCCCUUCACAUCUCGCACUGCUUGGACAAAACCUGAGCCCUCGAUAUUUCAGCGUUCGACCACCAACAGAAUGGACAAUGCAAAUCGUCCAACUUUCAACAGACAGUCAUUUAGUACCGCCCAAGUCAACACGAUGGAAUCAAGUCAAGACAUCGAUGAAGAGCUAGAUUCACUUCGUAUUCAGGAGCGUGAAGUUUUGCAGCAAGACAUGGCAUUUCGGAAUGAAGCGGCAGCAAAUACAGUAGAAGAGGUUAAUGCGGUUCGGAUGCAAAAUAACUGGAGAGAACGAUUAUCCACCAACACAGGCGAAAGCCCGGCUAGAGAAAACAAUAACAAUAACAGAGAUCUUGCUUCUGCAAUCGUAUGUUGGCAAUGCGAAAAUUCUGGUCACACCUACCCGAGAUGUCCCAAUCCGAAGCGAUACCUUUUCUGUUACAGUUGCGGCAAAAAAGGAUGCACUACGCGUAACUGCGAUGCUUGCAUCUUGCGUUGGAAGCAAUUGGACACUCAGCAUUCGGGAAACCGACACUGGGAGAACCCACAAUAA